AUGGCGCAAAUAAAACAAUCUUCCACUUUAUCGUCCAUUGAAUCUGAUAUUGUGUUAAACCCAUCGUUAACUAAGGGAAUGGGAGACUUAGGUUCGGGUGCGAUGACAGACAACGUUUGCACCGACACUCCUAUGCCGUCAACAGGUUUGCAAAAUUCUCGGUCGACGAGUCAGUUGGAGACAACCGGCGCUAACUUGUCAUCAAAUCUAUAUAAAAGUGCAUUCCUUAUACCUUAUAUAGUUAUGUUAAUAUUUGGUGGACUUCCUUUAUUUUAUUUGGAACUGGCUUUGGGUCAGUAUUAUAGCAGCGGUUGCAUUACUAUAUGGAAAAGAUUGUGCCCUAUUAUGAAAGUCAUUACUCUAUGCAAGUUUAGGGGAACUCAAGGAUUUCAUAAGUGCAAGAAGGGUAUAAUUAAAGCUAUAAUUGACAACUGCUAUAAUAAGUAG